AAUCGAAGGGAUCUCCAAAUUCACCGGAGGUAAUGGUGUUUUUCCAGCCCGAGUACAAAUUUACGUUUUCUUGCUUCCAAAAUUUUCUUGUAAGCAUUAGUGGAUGUUAAAUGGAAAUUUCAAGACUUUGCUAGAUAAGUGUUUUUGACUAAAUAAUACCCAGUAAUAAAAAAAAUUAUCGCCCUCCUUAUUUCUGCUCCUGCUUCCCGCCCUCGUAUAGAUCCCGCUUCCCGCCCCUGUUCUCCCGCUUCAAACCCUCUUCCGCCCCCUGUUCUCCCGGGAAACCGCCCCCCUGUCCCCCUCCAGAAUCUUGCAUCUCACAAUCAUUUCAGGAUUGCGCGUGAUUAAAAACAAAAGUUGCUAACAUAUGAUUUCAAGGAAAUUAAAUACAGAUGGAGUCUGCGUGUGUUCCAGGUAUUGGGAGAUAAGAAAUUUGAGAGGACCAAAUAUUAUUAAGGAAUAAGCCCUGUACACCGUGUUUCUUUUCAUGCAGUGAACUGUUUCAAAACACCGUCUCUCUAUUGUAGAGAUAUCUGCAAGGAAAGUUUUGAUUUAAAUUAAAUGAAACUCCUAAUCCUUGCACACUAAGUUGCUAACCUAUCACUCAGGCCUCUCUACCCCAACAUGGACAUGGCCCGGGAAAAGAACACGGAAAGGGAAAGGAAACUAAGGAAAAUGGAAUUCGAGAGCACAAGGACAAAGCCGCUUCACGAGCCGCUUUCUCGUCACUCCUUCCCUCAAUGAGUCGGCUACGCAGGUGAAAAUGGAAGUUCGAUUACGAUAUAGAAUUCACUUUUGUUUUUUUUCUGUUUGUUGUUAACGUAUGCACCUUUUGUAAGUUUUUGUGUAUUCCAGCUGUAGAAAUUAUGUUCUACUUUAUGCGCCAGUGAGUUUUUUAUUUGUUAUAUCUGUAAACUCUUGCUGUUGUGCACGUUUCUGUGUGAUGCAUCUGUUUCAGAUUCAACCUUCUUUGCUUGAUUAUUUUGUCUGAAUGAUUUGUCUCUUUCUUUUUUUAAUUGCGUGUCUGUUUUCACCGUUCCAAAGCUCAAUUCCAAAUUUUCUGGACUUUGAAUUUAUUUUAAAAAAAUAUGCCAUUUAUCACUUUUGGCAAAAGUACUGAAAUAGCUCCUGAGCCCGGUCACGACAAGAUCUUCAUGACUAAAUAUUAAUCUUAUCACAAAUUAAAUAAUCCUCUUAUCAGCACAAUCCCUCGGUGACAGCGGGCAAUCACGAAGUGGCAUAUCGCCAAGAGGAUAACAAACGAGUCCUUAUCUCUGAAAAAAUUGAGCCACUGGCCAGAGAAACAGCGAUCUCGACAACGUUUUCAAUUAGAAAAAGCUGAGAAGAGUUUAACAACAUUGAUGAAACGGCCGGCAAAAACUUAACAGGUUGGUAGAAAGACAAGCUGGAUUAGCUACUAGUGAAAGCUCGGUGCAAAACAGAUCCUCUUCUGAAACAAAACACGGCUUACGGCGACCUGUAUCAAAGACGACUGAGUCAAGGGAGACGUAAAUAAAUAAAGUGACACUAAUAUUGAUAUUAAAGAGUCCAUUCUGGGUAUCUGUGGUAUUUCUUAUGCAUGCUAAGAGUCAUCUGGUGAACACCCUGAGUUCUACAACUGAGCAGAAAAAAUGUCCCGUUUUCUUCGACUUUUGUGGGUUGUAUUUCAAGUACUUGUUAUUACGGUAUUCAGUGAUUUUCAGAAUGACAGAAGGCUCUUGGAGGAUUACAACAAAUUUCAGCACAUUCCGUCAGCAAGAACCACAAGCAAGAAGCUUCAAAUGCACUUUUUGGCGCAAACAGACGCUUCUCGCCUCAAAAGACAACUACGUGGCCACUACGAUAUCAUUUACAUCAUCGACUCCUCCAGCUCGAUCAGCAGGGCUGAAUUCCGAAAGGGCAUCAAAGCCAUUCAAUUGUUGAUUGACAAGGGUGCACGUGACUCGUUACACGCGGCUAUUACAGUAGCCAAUCAGGCACAUCCUGUCUUCACAUUUUCUUCCGUUGAAAAAGCCAAUGAGAAACUGGAGAAACUGCAAAGAACCGGUGGAAAAACAAACAUGCAAGAGGCGUUAGAGAAAAGUUUACGAAUGUUUCAAAAUCCUAGCAGCGGAGCCCGAGCCGGAAGUUUUAGACGCGUUCUGGUUGUGACUGAUGGACAGUCCAACGUGAAACGGAACAAAACCCUCUUGAAUGCCAUGGACCUGAAGCUCAAUGGAGCAGAGAUCUUUGUGAUUGGAGUAGGAGAAUACUUGGAUGGAAUUCAUGAAUUGGUGCACCUGGCUAGUUCAUUGGAUGCACAUUUAUACAGAGCUGGUGACAUGCAAGGUCUCGUUGAAGUUGUCAAACUCAUAACACCGGUCAGUUACAGACGGAGCUGGGAAUCGGAAGUCAGGAGAAUAAGGCAAGCAGUCAUGCUUGGAAGGCAAUAACGUGUUUUCAUAUCCUUCAUGAAUGAUAAAUGCAUGUUCUUAAAUGUUAAUUGAAAAGGUCAUCAUUGUCCUUUUUGGUUGUUAGAACAUUGGUCUGUUGGUGACUCUUUGGCAACUUGUUUGCUUCUUUAGAUGCCUGUUUUUGUUUUGUUUUAUAUUUGUUUGUAAUUUUUUAUCUGGUUUUUUGUUUAUUUGUUUGAUUCACCAUUUAAUUCGGUUGGUGUUGUGAGAACAUCAGUGAAAUGAAUUUUUUUAUGUUAUUUAUGUCCUAUCAUGAGGCCUUUUCCAAACUUUUGAAAGUGUUUCAUAAGUUCAAGAUGAAACCACUCUGGUUUUAUUUCCUAAUGACUGCAAUCAAGAGAACAUUUUUGUUUUUAGUUUAUAUUUAAUUUAUCAUAUGCUAAUCUUUUUCACUGCAUUAGCCGAUAUAACGUCUUUAAGAUCCUUAAGUAAAAGGUAACAUUCCCUCUGUUUUCUUAGUCGUUAUAUAAUAAUACCAAAUAUAAAUUUUUUUUUCUAGAAAACCCAUAAUCACAUCCCCACAGAACUUAAUAUUACUCUCUGAGGCUGUAAUUCAUACACAAAAAACAUAAACAUGUACAUUCAAGUUUA